AUGUCUACGCAGUAUCGCGAAGUUUCCCCCUCCGAUGAUGAAAGGUAUCAGCCAUCAAGGAGCUCAAAGUACUCUACGCAAGUAACAAACGAUCACUACUAUCUCUCCGACGAGCAUGCACUAGCUCCUACGGAUAGAUAUUCGUCUAGUUCGAAGCCAUCCAAGAGCAAGCGGUCAAGUUACAUUUACGACUCCCGGUCGGAUAUUGACGCUGCUCCGGCCACCAAGCCGCCGGCCGUCGCUUAUCCUUCGCCACGGCCAUCCCGACUACAUGAGCCAGCAUACUAUUCAGAGUCGGAAGAUGACCAUCUGGCAUAUGGUGAACCUUACGACUACCCCCUUGCUAGAAACCAUCACCGUCGUUUGCGGUCACGAUCAGGAUCCCGUGGCAGGCGUCCGGCGAACCCAAAGGUGACAUAUGAUUCAGACUCCAGCUAUGAGUAUACCAAGGAGUAUACAGCGGAUCGGCGACGGUACUCCCGCAGUCGAACCAGGGAAUCGCCGCGACAUGGAAGUUUAUUUGAGCCAGAACAAGCUCCUGCGCCUGCCGGCUCCUCUGCUCGAGACGAGAUGCCUCCUAUGGUGCAAAAGACACAGAACUUUGGGCUAAGCAGUACGCUGGAAAAGCUGAAGUCGCAGCUUUACCCGUCUUCCGAUACCAAGGACCGCCAUUUUGAUGAAAAACCAUCUGAUAUUGAUCUCAAUGCAUGGGCUGAAAUCCCCGAAUGUGAACGUGAAGGCUAUGUUCCACCAGCAACUGAGAAUCAGCCUGCUGCAGUUCCCCAACCACAUAAUGAUAAUCAUAAUAAUCAUCCCGAGGUGCCUAAUAUAUAUGCCAAUCUUACGCAGUAUUACCAACUGCAGAAGCAGCCUAUGGUAGCUUCCACUGCCCCAGUGGCGACCGCCCCAGAGCUGCCUCCCCGCCCGCAGACUUCAACUUAUACUCGCCCUAUUCCCAGUGUGAUACCAGGGGCAACUGUCGCCAGCCCGGCAACAUCAACUACCCAGUAUCCUAGCAUUCCUGCUGCGCGAUAUGUACCUCCACAAUACAGUCAAACGCCCGCUAGUGUUCAGACAUUGGGCCCGAAGCCAGAACAUAAACGCGCAACAUCUACUGGACAUAUUCCCACAAAGCAAACAUACAGCAAGCCAGAUGUUUACCAGUAUUCUGUACCUGCCUCACAGAUCAGAUAUUCCACCCAGACACCCGCACCUACUGCUCCAGCUGCUACUACUAACCCUAAUUAUACUGCUCCUCCUCCUCCUGCCGCUGCCGCUGCCGCUGCUACAAAUCCUACCAAAGUCCAAUAUGCUCCGGCUCCAGUUACCCAGCCGAAGCAACCCUCAUAUCUAGAAAUAAAGCCGCGUCGUCAAACCGUCUCCAGCAAGCCAAGUAACUUGAACUUAGCUCCUGACAACCAAAUGAAGAUACCCGGCAGUUUCCCAGAUGGCGCCAACCCUCCAGCCAGCCCACUCCUAGAGCCUUAUAAGGGUACAUACCAAAGUAUAUCUCCUAUUCAAUGGCCAACGUCCCUUGGGGAUGAUGCCUUGUCAGACAUCGAGCCUCUCAACGGCAAAGAAAGCAAGACUUUAGGCCGCAAGAGAAGUAAGAAAGACAAGAAAAAGAUGGAAGAUCCUGGCCUGGAACUUGAAAUCCGUAGGAGAUUGUCCACCAGCUUAGGCCCGAGCGUGAUCAAGGAGAUUGCACCUAAGGAAGCUCAGGUGUACGUCUAUGACCCCAAAGAUGACGCGAAACUGGUCCAUUCUGCCCUAAAUCAUUCCAAAAUCAAUGCUAAAACAUUGAUAAAGAUCCUUCCAUACCUCACAUCUGAUGAGAUUCUGCAUCUUCGUGGGGCAUACAAGAAUCUAAGGGUCAUGACCAGAAAGGGGGUGAACAUGGCCAAGCAUAUCAAGAUGGUGGUCCCCGGAAACUUCGGUAAAGUAUGCUAUGCGACUGCCUUGGGGCAGUGGGAGUCGGAAGCUCUAUGGGCCAAUUUCUGGUAUCAAUCGAGCCGUACUCGGCAUGAACUCCUUAUCGAGUCACUUAUCGGGAGGCCCAAUGCUGAAAUCAAGGAGAUCAAGGCUUGCUUCCGCGACAAGAGGUAUCAGGAUAACCUUGAGCUGUGUAUGCAGACUGAGCUCAAAGCAGACAAGUUCCGCGUUGCUAUUCUACUUGCUUUGCAGGAGAAGAGACAGCCUGACAACGCGCCCUUGAACGUUGACUUGGUUCGCAGGGAUGUUUAUGACCUACAUCGGGCAGUGACCUCGCGAGACGGAGGCGAGACCGCUAUGAUACAGAUUAUCAUAGUAAGGGGCAAUGCGCACCUUCGGGAAGUGUUGCAAGCUUAUGAGAUGACUUAUCGGGAGAACUUUACAAGGGCUAUGCUCUCGAAGUCUCGAAAUUUGGUGGGAGAGACAUUGGGCCAUAUUCUAAACGGUGUUCGUAACCGGCCCAUGAGAGAUGCUCUACUCAUCCACCAGGCUAUCACAGAGUCUGGCACUGGACGUGACCGUGCUGAGCUGCUAAUUUCACGCUUAGUCCGUCUGCACUGGGAGCCACAUCACUUGGAAAGAGUCAAAUCCGAGUACCGUCGAAAAUACGGUCGGUUCAUUGAAGACCAUAUCGAGGAAGAAAUUAUCGAGGUUGGAGGUGCUGGAGCCCAUGAAAAGAAAACUGAAUGGGCCGAUUUCUGCGUGGAGCUGGUUAAGAGUUCGAGCUUUCAUGUUGAAAACGAGGAACCAUGA